CUUUUUUAAUUACUCUUAACAGUCUUGAUUGUUUCAAAGUUCAAACACACAAAGAUAUUAUAACAAGUGCAUAAUUUCCACGUUCUCACACCUUCACCGGCGUGAAACCUGUAAGAUUUUUUCCACAAAAAAAAUAUUUUCUGACUCAUUAACUAUUUUCUAACGACUCCCAAGAAAUAACAAUAAAGAAAUGCUCACAAGGUACACGAGUUAAUAGUCAACUGACAAUUGAUUCUCCAGUAGAAAUGCUCACAAGGUACACGAGUUCAUCAAACAUGUUCUAUCAUGAUCAUGAAUCAUCAGUUACUUAAUCCUCAUCAGUACUGCAACAACAGUAGCAAAAGUAUUACUUUCUGUAUAUUAGUUUCUAAACAAAAAUGGCUAUCAACGACGCAACCGUCAGAUUCUCCUCCGGUGGAUGGAAAUCGGCGAGGCUCAUUAUUUUUGUGGAGAUGGCGGAGCGUUUCGCGUUUUUUGGUAUAUCGUCCAACUUGAUAACGUACUUGACUGGACCCAUGGGGGAGUCAACCGCUGUAGCUGCGGCCAAUGUGAACGCUUGGAUUGGAACCAUAUCGUUUCUGCCGCUUCUUUGGGCGUUUGUAGCUGACGCGUUUCUUGGUCGUUUCCGUACUAUUAUCAUCUCAUCUUCUCUCUAUAUCUUGGGACUUGGGUUACUGUCGUUUUCAGCCAUGGUUUGGUCUCACUCUCCGAACCAACUCCAUGCGACUCUCUUCUUCGUCUCUCUGUACCUUAUAGCCAUAGGACAAGGAGGUUACAAACCAUGUAUUAAGGUAUUUGGAGCUGAUCAAUUCGAUGAAAACGAUGUAAAUGAGAGCAAAGCCAAGAGUUCUUACUUCAACUGGUUGAUGUUUGGAAACUGUGUUAGCAUAUCAACAACUCUUUUUAUCUCUACCUACAUCCAAGAGAAAGUAAGUUGGUCCUUAGGGUUUGGUAUUCAAUGUGUUUCCAUGCUACUUGCUCUGUUUCUCUUCCUCCUUGGAACUAAGACUUACCGCUUUAGCACUACACGAGGAGGAAAGAACAACCCUUUUGCUAGAGUUGGCCGUGUUUUCAUGGAGGCAGUAAAAAACAGAAGACAAGACCAUUUAAGUUUAGGUAAUGCAAGCGAGAGCCUCCCUCUACUCCCUCACCAGAGUUCCGAACAAUUCAGAUUCCUCAAUAGAGCAGCGAUUUCGUGUGACUUAGCUGAAAUUGAAGAAACAAAAGCAGUGCUUAGGCUUGUUCCCAUAUGGAUGAGUUGCUUAGUCUAUGCCAUUGUAAAUGCACAAGCUUCUACUUUCUUCAUAAAGCAAGGAGCCACAAUGGACAGGUCAAUCUCACCAGGAUUCUUAGUCCCUUCAGCUACAUUCCAAAGUUUCAUAAACAUAUCGAUUGUCAUCUUCAUCCCAAUCUAUGACCGUGUACUUGUCCCAGCCGCAAGAUCCUUCACGCAAAUCCCAUCAGGAAUCACUAUGCUUCAAAGGAUUGGCACGGGCAUUUUCCUCUCCAUUAUUGCUAUGGUAGUAGCCGCCUUGGUCGAGACCAAAAGGCUACAAACUGCAAAGGAUGACCUAACUAUACCAAUGAGCGUGUGGUGGCUGGUUCCGCAGUACGUUAUAUAUGGAGUCGCGGACGUAUUCACAAUGGCGGGUUUGCAAGAGUUUUUCUACGACCAAGUCCCUAGUGAGCUUAGGAGCGUUGGUAUGGCUCUUAACCUAAGCAUAUUCGGGGCCGGAAACUUCUUAAGCAGCUUCAUGAUAUCUGUCAUCGAUAGAGUCACAAGCCAGUCUGGUCAAACGAGCUGGUUCGAUAACAACCUGAACAAAGGUCAUCUAGAUUAUUUCUACUGGCUACUGGCUUCUCUCAGCCUCAUUGGUUUUGCUUUCUACUUGGGGUUCACCAAGUCGUAUGUGUACAAUAGACCAAAUACCUUCUAACGCAUUGUCUUCUGUGUUCUGCCUUCAAAAUUGAGCUUUCUCCAUUUACUAAAAUGGAAUUGAGAACCAACGAAAUCAAUAUUUGUAAAUUAGGAUGAUAAUUUAAUAAUAUGUAACAUUUUUAAUGUUUUUGGCAUGCUAUAAUAUUUUCUUUUUUUUUGUUUU